AAAAAGAUAAAGUUUUGUUUAGGAGAUAUUUUACAAAGAGCAUUUUGGUUUUACGCCACGAACUUCCUAGCAAGGACAAGGUCACUGCAUUCAGUCCAAAGACUUCGGAUUAGGUUCAUCAACAGUUGGCCUUUCUGAAGUAGAUUAAAAGUGCAGUGAUGAUCCUGCUUUGGAUCAAAUCACAGGACACUUUUCUGUCUACUGAAGUGAAGAAGUUCAUCGAAACAGUAACCCCAGACCUCACCCAGAUACCAAGUGGUGCUGAUUAUAGCUGGAUUUAUCGUGACACUGGGAUAGCAUGGGAAAAGUUGGAGGAUGUUUUUGACAAUAUCAAAGAAGAAAAUGGAAGUAAGGCUUGGUUCUUUGAGGCUAUCAAGCAGGUACCUCCCUUAUUCAGGGAGUGUUACCAUAUGCUCCAGAAUGUGUAUCCUGCAGCAUAUGAUGCUUUACUUAAACCAUUUCUAGAGUGGACACAUCAGGAAAAGGAUAUACACCUGACCAUAAAGCAAAUUUCAAAGGAAAGCACAUCUGGAGAUCACUUGGUUGCUCUCCUCACCAUCACAGCUAUUGUGGAGAGAGCUUUGGGGAAUGUAGUGCUACUCAAAUGUAAGCAAGUCCCAUUUCUUUUAAGAGACCUUCUAGCUACUCCUGAACUGGAAGAGUUGAUUGGAAAAGUAAAAGUCCAGCUGCUGAUAGUGAUGCUUGGCUCAGUGCUGGGCCUUAAUCUUCGCAACAUUGCUUGGCAUGGAUUCUUAAGUCCCCAUGAAACAAGCCAAGCUUUUGUUGCAACAAUUAUCUUCAUUCUUGCUGACUGUGGAAGGAUGCUGGAAAAAACUAGUCAAAUCAAGAAUAUCCCAUGCAGGCCACAUGUAACCUUUGAUGAGGCAUCAUGCCUUAGCAGUGUAUUUGAUAAUAUGAUCAUCCCCAGAAAAGCUGUUUUGGAAGAAGUGAUAAGGAAUUCCAGUUUUGUUCCAAUUGUCAUGUAUCCUGCUUGGAAAAAAGCCUUAGAACUUUUGGAAGAGGAGCAAUGGGGUUUGUGUGUAACUCUUCUUCUUCCCUUGAUGGAAUGUUCCAUGAGAGCAAUGUUUGCUCAUGUUAACAAAGUGUCAGAGAGAAUGCUAACUGCAGAAAAUUCAACAUUAUACACCACCAUGGAUGAAAUACUUAAUGAAUAUAUGGAGAACAGUACAACUUCUCAGACAGUGAACGAAAAGGAUGGAAAAUAUGAGAUUUCUAGUUGUUCUGCCUGUGUUCACAAUUUGGGAAACAGAGAACACUGUGAGGUAAACAAGUGCACACUAGCAGCUGAUGGGAUAAAGCAUGCAGAUCAAGAAAAGAACAGAGAAUUAGAUGCUUCAGAGAAAAAGAAUCAGGUUCAGUAUACUAUAGGUACAAAACUAAAUGAAGCUCUACAUGACCUACUGAAUUUUAUCCAAGGCCCACGUAUCAGGGACAGAGUGAGUCAUGGAGAGGCUAAGUUACAAGAAAUCCCGGAAUUUAUUACAUGUCACAUUUUAUAUCUUAACCUUCUGGUGCUCUCUCCAGGAGGUCCAGAUAUUGAUGAAGCUCCCAGUGGUACUACUAAUAAAAUGCAGUGUAUGAACUUGAGGGGUCUAAGGGAGGAAUAUGCAUUAAAUGCUAAAUUGGAAGGAAAAUUCUUGGAAAAUACAAGUGAAACAAAAUGCCUUGAACAUUGUCCUCCUCCCUCUGAUGAAGCAUGUUCCCAGGAUAAGAAAUGUACCAAUGACUCCAGUAAUUUAUCAGACCAUGGUAAAGAAGUUAUUGGUGAACUGAGGAGAAAUAUGAAUUAUUACAAGUGUGUUUUCCAUCCAAGUGCAAUAUUACACAGGAGGCUUAUUCAUGCUGGGUCAUAUAUUUCAAACUGGAUACAGUGGGAUAGAGUAGAUUCUUCAGAACUUGAUUAUCCAGAGUGGGAAUCCUGGGAUAAGAUACAGUUACCUGAAGCAAUAUCAUACCCACCUUUACAUAUUUCUCACAAUGUGUGCAGCCUUCAUAACAUGGAACAGUUUCUUGUUUUAGUAAAAAACAUCCAGUACAAAGUUUUAUAUAGACCCAAACAGGAGGUUGAAUUAAUAUCUAUUUUGCAGAGAAUUACAGUAUGCAUUUUAGCAACUCUUGAAAAAAAUUGUGAUAAUAUGACCUUAAAAUAUUCACAAUAUAUUAAUAAAAGAUUAAGGUCCAGACAGAGAGAGACAUACCGGAGACAACUAAUUGCAGUUCCAGUAAUUGUUUCAAGUUGUUAUCUUACAAGUCAAGUGAUUUACUUAAUCUUCUUGGCCAUUAACAAGUCUGGAGACUUAAGUCUGUCUUCCUUUACCAGUCUAAUGAGAGUGCUAAAACCUGUGCUGAAAGUCACUGAGAAUUUAGUAACUCAAACCAGCUUGAGUGUAAAUCGCUGGGAUGAAGCAUCAUCUUUAUCUGUUAAUAAUAUUGAUCAUAUAAGAAAGGAAUUUACUCAUAGACAAGAGUGAGUCAUUGACACUGUGUCAGUUCAGAAUUUCCAGAAAAUAUUUGCUGAUAAAUAAGAGAAUCUGCACUAUUCUUGAAAUAAAACAAUAAUAUUUCAUAACUCCAAGUAGAAUAUAAAUAUAUUUUUCUUGUAGUAAUAUAUUUUUUAAAUAAUACUUAAUGAAGUAUAUGUUUCAAGUCAUUUGUUACGAUUGUAAACAUAGAAUUAACAGGAAUCUCUCUUUGCAAUGCAUGUUGCCUAUCAGCAUAAUUGAUUCCUGUUAAGAACAAUAAUCAGCAUGAUGGGUUUACCUUGGGUUAAAAGGAGUUAUGUCUGGUUUAGAACAGAUAUACAAUUCUAAAGAACAGGAAUGAGUAAUAUUGGUUGCAAAUCAGAAUAACCCAAUAAGAACUUCUCAUAAGAUAUUUUUCCAGUUUGAAUCACACAUCAAAGGUGAAAAAUAAAAUAAAAGGAAAAAUAAAAAUAAAAUUCGAGUAAAAAAAUGCUAGAUUAUUACCUACCAUAAUCCAAGUAUGCCCAGGGUACAACACUAUGCAGUUACAAGCUUGUAUUAUAAAAAAUACAAUAAAUAAAUACAUUUAUUUAA